GCUUCUUAUACCGUCGAGAAAUUGACGUCGCAUCAAUGGGCUCCUAGCAUACAGGCUAAAGGUGUAAAUCUGGGUAAUUGGCCUUUUAAACUCAUUUUUCUUCGCUGCCGACAAUACCUCAUUCGCUAGGAUGAAAACUAAAAGAAACGACUACCCGCUUUGAGCCCACAAGUUGUCGUUUGUGGAGUAUUUGGUCUUUAUCCUCCCUUUUUUCGGCGUGUACAUCACCUCUGUUUGGAGGAAAUACAAGAGGAUAGGUAGGUAAGUGCUGAGUAUGUGGUUAUGAUGUUGCAUUAUUAUCAGUGUAAAAGUGAAUAUUCUCUUAUGGGAGGGUAGUGGUGUAAAAAUAGAGUUGUACAUUUAUAAAUUUGAUAUUUUUUUCUUUUUCCACGAUGACAGUUAUUUAUUUGAAUUAAACACUAUGGGCUUUGGUGAAUUUAAUGAUUUGCAGCUGUGAGUGAGCCCUGACUACAACCAUCAAACAGCCUGUAAACACGUGAUGAAUUCAUGCCCAGGUUCAUUAUGAAGUUUUUUUAUGGUUAUUCUCAUUGUAUAGAACAAUUACCCCUAGAGCUACACUGACCUGAAAUCUCUUUUGACUCAUUUGUAGAUUUUUUUGUCAAGAAUAACUUCAGUAAAAGAUAGUUGUAAUAUUUGCUGAUAUUAAAAGACUGCUAGAAAUUAGUCAUGUAUGAAAAUUUUGAUGUAUUUUUAAAAAUAACCUUUAGUCAGUCACAUAUAUCUGAAAUGAGACGCAAAACCUCUUUUACAAGCAAGUCACAGCAGCAAAAAUAUCACUAAAACAACAGACUAGCUUAACUAACAGUGAAUUCAGAGAGACACACACACACACACACACACACACACACACACACACACACACUUAAUUUCUUUUGUUGUGGAUCAAGUGACUCAAAGUCCUAAAUCCACACAGAGGUGAUAAAAAGAGCAGGAAUGGUUUCUUAUCUACAGGACUGAUGAAUCAAAUGUCAGUUAAGGCAAAGUUUAGCCAAUCAAUAGUCCAGAUGUCAGAGAUGAUCAGUGUUUGAUUAACUUAUUGAAAUUAUAUUUUAGCUAGCAACAUGAUUUUGAGCCAAAUAGUAUGGGGACUGUAGAAUAUUGUGGUAGUACUACUGGGAGACACUAGGCCUGCAGGGCUAUAACCAAAUUGAUAAAUCACAAUUAUUUUGAUCAGUAAUGAACUGAUGAUUUUAAAUCAUUUUUAAGAUGAUCAGUUUGAAGGUAUCAUUUAGUUCAGUUUGUAAGCAUAUAUACUUCCCAUGUUAUUUGCUGACAAAGCUGGACCGGGACUGCUUUGUAGUCUGUUCUCAGUGCUCACUCUGUUCCUCUGCUUUACAAACACACAGCCUGCUCUCAACCUGCUAUGCUGUAGAUUUUAUUUCCUACACGUUAAGUUUUGCAUUUGUAAGACACACUGCUUCGUAGACAACAAUAAGAGGCCAUAUUCCCUUAUCACACUGUUUAUUUCUUAUUCAUAUAGGUAAAUGAUCAAGUCCUGCCAAAACUACUAGUCUUAAGCUCAAAAAUUUUUCAUUUUCAUAAAAAAAAUAAUCCCCAUAAGAGGGUAUGAGUAGAAAAAAGAGGUACUUUUGAGGGGAAAAAAAUCAAACAAUACAUGGAUUUUUAAAGUUUCUGAUUUGUUUAAUUUUCAUCUGCUUCCCUGUUAAGUGACUAUGUAUUUAUCUUACACUAAACUCUGUAUUUGAGCAAAAACCAUUAGUUAGUUAACAGAGAGACUGCUGUUCCCAUGAUUAAUAAGGCAUGGAGCUUGUUUUAUCUAAUCUGCUGAUAGUAUGGUUAUAUCCCUGGUUCUUUGGCUGAUCAAGCUUCUGUAGGUGUCUAUUAACCAGAUAGAACCUGUGAUAACUCAAGAUAAAUACCCUGGAUCCUUUUAUCUGUUUGAAUUAAAACACUGUAGACCUCCUUUUGAUCCUGCAAGACUGGGAGUUUUUUAUUGGGUUUUUAUUGAGAACCAUUCACUACCUGAGGUUGGCAUUAUUGUGUGAACUCACACUGUGCUUACAGCAUAGUCAGAUAUUUCCUGCAAUCAGAUAGAGGUCCCAUAGCACAACAUGCUUCAGUAUUAUCAAACAGGGGCUCUAAAGUUUAAGUUUCCUGCAGAAUUGGACAAAGCAAAGGUCUUGUUUGCAGAGCUGCUAUUUUACACCCACGUGCUACAAUUCAUCAAUUGAAGAGCAACAUAAAAUACUGUAGAUUAGAAUAUAUUUCACAAACACAACAGACUGUAAUCGAAGUAAAAUGUAGCCUGUGAAGAGAAGAAAAACAAAGUGGUAAUAGACUGAAAUACAACACCUUUUCAGAGCUUUUGAAAUAACUUGCAUUUGGAUAAAGCAGUCAGGGUUGCAGGUACUUCAUUGAUUUCAAUAUUACCUUCCAGAAAAUUAAUUUUAAAGUAAAUUUCCAUGUAUAAAAAAAACCAGCUAAUGCCAGCUACUGGUUUGGCGUAUUAGCUUCAGGAAUGAUUUGAGAGAUUAAUGGAUCAAACUGUAAAUCUUCAAACUGUUCGCUGCUUAACCGAUUAGUCAGUUGAUUCAAAUUACCGCCUGCUAGCAAAGGAUGAAACAAGACAUUUGAAGGUGAUUUUCUCUGCACUCAGAGACACACUUUGUCCAGGUAAAUAAAGAGCUGACAAACUGAUACUGGUGUAGAGAUGAAAGAUAAACCAAUAACAGCUUAAUCUCUCCUGCUUCCAGUGUGGCUGUCUGGAGAUCUGGAGGGGAUGGAUCCUCUGGGAGCUCGCUCCCAGUUUGUGGACAUCCAGACUCUCCCCACCUGGCAGCAGCAGCUGGGUGAGGAUGGCGAAGAGACAUCUAAACUAGACCAGAGCGACAGCCUGCAGAGCUUCCCCUCACCCUUCCCCUUCAGACCAGACAUCAACCGCAAGAUCAUCCUCUUGUGAGUCACACAGAUUUCCUCACUUUGUCACUUUUGGGUUAAUAUCUGCUGACAUAUUCUACGCAGAAAUGUGCCACAGAUGCUUUAGUGUAUGCAGGUCUACAGAAUACAACCAGCUUACUAAGAGGACCCGUGGCAAGUAAAUCACACAAAGACCUUUUGUGGGCAUUGAUAUUGCUUUAUGACUUCCCAUUUGCAGUGAGACUGAGACUGGUCAGAAAAAGCAAACUUGAGGCCUAUCGACUGCAUACUGCAAGAAGUCCAUUAACUUUUUUUAGGUUCAUGCAUCUAUGUAGAUACAUGUGGUGGAUUGAAUUUUGCUUAGCUUUUGAUCUGAGAACACAGUCACUCUUAAACGUGCUGUAAAUCAAGAAGUGCCCAAAAUAAGGACGUCUAGGGUGGAAGUUAUUUGUCGCUCACUUCUGCGAGGUGAAAACCUGUUCUUCUGUUUAGUUCUAUUUUAGAGAUCGCCUUGUCUCAUUUGAAAAGAACUUACUGAAAGGAUGAAGUUCUGGGAUGUUGUGUUGCAAGUUAUAGAGUCUCAAAAGUUGAAUGAAAGUUGUGAAAAUGUAAAAUAUAACCUGAAAGCAUUAGCAGGUACAAGGUCACUCUUAAUUUCUUGUGUUUUUUUAUGGGUACUGUCAGUAAAUACACCUUUAGGUCUCUGCUUGUUGGUACAUCCAGGCUUACAUCUCUACACUUAAACAUAAUCAGUUAUGCUAAAAAAUUAAAAUUUGCACAAUUUAGUGAAUGUAAAAUAAGUUUCCAAAUUAAAACUCGGCAACUGCAGAAACUAAUGAUAGUGUACCAAAUACUGACACAGUGGAAAGUUGUGUUGGACACGUGAAGCUGCGCACAAGAAAAAGGACAAAUUUGGAAUGAUAUUCUUUUGGAAAUGUGCCAGGACAGCCUUUCAUCAGCUCAGAUGGGGGUCACAUUUGCAACUUUUAUUAGUUUAUUGAACCGUUAAGACAUGAUCUCAUGAAAGCCUGGGUCUUCCCUUCUGUCCUCUGUGGGUAAUUAUUCUAAAUAUGCCAAAACCAAAAGAUCUGGUUUGGUUUAAUUGGUCCUGGUUUUUGUGGAAAGAUUUAUCGUCCCUUUUGACGGUUAAUUUAGAAGCAGUUUUCGAAUCCUGCCAAGUACUUAAUUUCCUCAUCAUAACUCCUCUAACUCUGGUGUCUUAAAUCAGUUCCGUUGCACUCUUGCAUUUGUUCCCAAAUGUUGAUAAAUACCCCCCCGAGCUUCAUCUGACUGAGUCAAGAUUAUGUAGAAACAUGGCCAUUAUACUGGGGUCAAGUCAUAUAUUUUAACAUUUGUUUUUUUUAAUUAGUUCAGCGUUUUUAGGUGUACAUUAUGUAUAAGGAAAUCAGAACGGGCAUCAUUUAGAGGCUUUACGGAGGCUGUAAAAUGCUACAAAACCAAUUCUUUAUUAACCCGUGGAUCAAAGUGGCUCAAUGGACUUGUGUUAAUGUUGCAGCGAAGUUUCCUCCUUGAGCCCUGCACCCCUUUCAUGAAGCCACAAAUCAUCUUUCCGUGAAAAAAGUGAAUAAUUUGAUUUUCCACUUACGAAAGAUUCCAGCGUGUUUGUGAACAAUCUGAGUUAUUCAGGUUUGACUGGCAGAAAGUUUUGAGUCAAAGGCAGCCGGGCUUUUGUGUUUGACAACACAGCAAAUAAUAGUUCUACGAAGUCGUCAAACCAAAUUUUUACUUAAUCAAUCUCACGCUGCAAACAUGCUCAAUCUAGUUUAUUUUAACUGUCAUCACAUUUAUCACGAAUGGUUUUCAUCCUCAGUUUUACUUUCUGUCCAUAAAAUGUUAGUUUAUGGCAUCGCCGGCUUUAAAUGAUUAACAGAUCAUCAAGUUCUCUUUUGUAAAUAAUUUACAUAGUGUCCCAACUUUUUGGAACUUGGUUUGGACGACAGGAUCUGUAACACAAACUCGUCAUCAGGUUCUGGGUCUAUAGUGUGAACCCUGCCUGUGUUUCCUCGUGGACCAGUUCAGAGUCCAGAUCACCUCAUAAAUCCUCUUUGUAAAGUAACACAUGACCAUCCGGUGCCCGACUUGGCAGAGUUUCUGUGUGGAGGCCUUGUUGUUGUAGUGGCCCUCCCCUGCUCAGUCAUCAGCAAAAGACACAUUCCUGCUGCACAAACGUGACCCGUCCUCCAGGAACAACGGACCCUCGAGCGGUUCCAGCUUGUGACCCACUCCGUCACAGGGUGCAUUUGUGAAUCAGUGCUGAACAGCGCCUGCAUGGAUGCAUCAGUAUUUGUAUACGUGUCAUAUGAGCUUUUUGUCAGCUGAAUAAAACCUUGCUCCUUCUCGGGUCCUUCAGCUCUUGAAACAGGGCAGCAGUCGAGGGUCUGUGGACUAUGAAAUGAUACUUCUUGAGCACGCUUCAACAAAAGUAUUCAGCAGUCUUGCGAGAAAGUUGCUAACUGUAGCAACACGAGAACACUCACUGCCCGUUAUGCAACUCAGUGUUGCACAGACAGCAGAACUAAGAGCUUCUUAUUUUCACUUUAGAUUCAGUGACUCAUUAAUAUGACUUCAUAGUCAGACAAAGACCUAUACGCAUAUAUUUCAGAUUCCUAACAGAUCAUUUAAGGCUUCAUGACACACUUUUAAUCCAGGAUUGAGCUCAGUUUUAGAUUUUAGGAUUGACUAAGGAACUGAAGAGUGCUUCAGUCUGACCUUGUUAAAACAGGGAACUGUGUAUCUUUGGGUUACACACCUGUUCCUGCUGUAGAAAUGACUAAAUGUGUAACCACCUUAUCUCAUAAAUGAUUCUUACUUGAUAUUUGCAAGUGACAAUCACAGAUUUUGCUCCAUUGCGUUGAAGACUCUGGUAUGGUUUUUGUCAACAUAUUCCAGCGCAUAUAGAGCUGCUUGUCAGGCCUUACAGUUAAAGCCACAAAUCUUUAAUAUUGUCAAUAUUUAUACCAUAAAAAUCUCAACUUCUAAAGAUAAGAUCCAGUACGAAAUAACCUGAAAAAUCCUUCACUACACUCAAGGUCUGUUUCCUAGUUCGAGUUGCUUUUCUUGCAGCGUGGUCUUGCUUUGGAUUUUAAUUAAAAAAAGGACAACAUUAAAGACUUUUGAAGGCUGACCUUGUCUUGUGACCAAAAGCUUUCAACACACGCUGGAGUAGUUCCUCAUUGUUAUUUCCAAAGAAGAAAUGACUUUACUGAAGCAAUAAAAACAAAUAUUUAACUCUGGCAGAAUGAUAAAUGACUCUGGUUAAAAGUCUGUGGUGCAGACUAAUGAGCAAGUGUGAGGUCAGAUAAUCACUUUCCAAUUGAUUUAGGCAAUGUGAAACACAAAAAGGGUCCUUACACUGGUAGGAAUGAUUGAAAAAUAGUCAAGUAGGUCUUAAAUUAAUUAAAGCUCUCAUGAGGAGUUUUUUACUGGCUGUAAUUGAUACUGAUGCCUUUGUAAGAUUACGCAGACCAUUGAAACCGUCAACAGCAACACUGACAAAUCUCUUCACUGUAAUACUUAAUGCUUAAAACUGCUGUCUGACUAGACCACAGCAAUGCAAGAGCACAACAUACAGGAGAUUCGUCAGAUACAUCCUACAGCAAAAAGUCUCACCAAACAUGAAGGGGAUUCAGAAAAAUCACAUUUAAAAGGAGUUGUCAUGUUGAUGUCAGGAGAUCUGGAAACUCCUAAACUUUAAUUUUUUUUCUGUCCUUAUCAGCACUGGAGAUGUCGCCCUGCUGAACUGCACCUCCAUCGUAAACACUAGUAAUGAAUUACUCAACGACAAGAACCCGGUGUCUGACAGCAUCCAUCAGUACGCCGGGCCCGAGCUUCGAGAAGAGCUGCUCAGAUUCAAAGGUAAGACUUCGUAACUACUCCCAGGUAAGUUUUGAUAUGAGUUUAUCUGCUGAGUGAUGCUUUGGGCUUCAAUCAGAAGUCAGGAGACAUUAAUGUGUGCAAAUGCUAAUGUGAAUGCUAGUCCAGAGGUUCAACAUGAACAUGACAAGGCUCACUUGAAAAUGGGGGGAAAUUUCUCCAUAUUCUGAGCUAUGCAUUUGAAUGAAGUAGGAGAGUGUGAGAAAUAGUUAACGACCAUAAAUAAUCUGCAAAAAAUGAAGAUUAAAAGCAUUAAGCUUCACAUACCAAACAAAUUAGCUUAUUUUCAACACUUCAGCCGUAUUUAGAGCACCAAGUUCAACAACAUCCAUCCUGCUGUUGUGCAUUUUGUUGUUUUAAGCACAUACAGCCUGAGUUUCAUUAUGGAUGGCCCAUACCUGAAGUUUUAAGGGCAUUUAUCCAGGAUCUCUGCACAAAAACUUUAAAUAUUUAGAUAACUCAACACUUGAAUGACUUUUUUCCAACAUGCUUUAAAAGUUUAGACAUUUACGGUAACCACCUAAAAGUAAAAAUGUGGAUGGAAAAUCUGGACCUGCUUUUUGCUUAUCCUGCAGUAUUUAAAUCCAUCACAAUAAAGAUGGGUAAGUAGUCUAAAAAGCCAUUAUCAUAUCUGCACUUUCAGCAUAAUUAGAUAGCACAACUUGAAAGAUGGGGGAAGAUAUGUAGCCAAGAGUCAAACCAGCAUCCUCUGUGAUCAGGGCAGCUAAGAUAACUGGUGCCCCAGAAAUAAUCAUGUUUUAUGUUAAAGAAAACUCGACCCUUUCACAUCUUUAAACCUGUGAUCUGGUCUGUUUGCGUGUGUGUGUGUGUGUGUUCAGGAUGUCGGACAGGGGAGGCAAAGCUGACCAAAGGCUUCAACCUGGCAGCGAGGUUCAUCAUCCACACGGUGGGACCAAAAUACAAAGCCAAGUACAGAACAGCUGCAGAGAGCUCGCUCUACAGCUGCUACAGGAACAUCAUGCAGCUGGCUGUGUAAGAAGCAGAUAAUCACUCUGUUAUCCCGUCAGUCAGAGAUAGAGCAGACACAGCGAGUUUAAUCCAACGCUAUUCUCUCAGCUCUUUAUUGCGUUUAUUUGGCAAAACGGCCUCUUUUAUAAGCGACACGGAAUUCAGUAAUUUCAGGUUGGAGUUCAGCUGUGAGGACAAAACUUUGCAGAUUUCCAUUGUUUCUCCUUCAGGAAUGAUUUGUUUGAUAAACAGUUUUUGUGCCUGAUGGAUGCAGAUACACAAAGACUUAAUGAAGGACACUCAGUACCGUCAUCAAAAACAGCAUUUGAACGAAUGCAGGAGUGAACAGUAUUUGGAGAAAUGUCUGCACAGCAUUGAUAAAAACAGGAACUUGACUAAAUCUGUCAGUUCAUAAAAAUUGCAACAGUAUAGAGGAAUUGAAACAGGAGUAAAAUGUGCAUAGUGUUGACUCUGCCUCAAAAUGCACCACAACAAACACAGACGUGCGCUAGGAGACCGUUCAACCAGUCCUCAGUGUAUGUGCUGUCAGUGUGGUUUACCACGUGUCACACUUUUCUUCUUGUCGCCACAGGGAGAAGUCAAUGUCGUCUGUUGGCAUCUGUGUGGUGAGCACAACCAAAAGAGGUUACCCACUGGAGGACGCUACACACAUGGCUUUCAGUAAGACACACAAACAGUCAGAAAUAUGAGUUUUUAUCAGGGAGGUGCAGACGUGCACAAGUAGCGAUAAUAAGCCUGUUAUCUUAUUUUUCUGUGCACACUUUUACUACAGGAUCAUUUGGAAAAUUUCAUGACACACCACAUUACCCUCACGAAAAAAAAACAAAAGACUCAUGAUUAUAUUUAUUUCCAAUGAAGUCAACAAAUGAUACCAGCGGACACUCUUAAUUAGCCACAACACACAGUCAGAACCUCUAUUUGUGGCUGGCAUUCACGAUAAAUGUCGAGUUCAUUUAAGCACACACGAUGAUGAUAAGGUCAUAAUCUGGCGAAGACGAAAACAUCCUUUUUAGGUACACCCAAACACAUAAUGAACUCAACAACAUGAUGUCCACAUGGGAGUGAUCAUGCCUCGGGCCUCAUAAACAACAUGUUCAGAUUUCUGUGUUUGAAACGAAACAAAUGUCUGUAUCGUCAAUAAAGUAAAACAGGACCACACAGGGGAGACUUGAAAUGAUACUAGAUGUAAAUCCAAACUCUCUGCAGUGGUUUUAAACUCAAAUACAACAUCAUGACCUUUUUAAAAGAAGGAAAAAUACCUGAAAGUUUUACUGGAUAUUGCAAUAGAUAUAUACAAAUACACAGAUACAUCCAGGUAAAAAUUAUGAGCAAAAUAAACAGAAACCAGGGUUAAUAUUUUUAUCCGAUGAAAGUCUGAUAGACAACCCUUGCUGAAAUGAAUAAUGCAUAAAUGUGUUCACAGGAACCGUCCGCAGGUUCUUGGAGAAUCAUGGAAACAGCCUGGAGGCGGUGGUGUUCGCCGUUUCGGAAACAGAAGAGGUUUGUUGAACUUCACCGUUCACAUUUUCCUUCACCUACAGAGAGCGACAGUCAGAGUGUCGAGACUCAUUCAAACCAAAUCAUUCUAAAGGGAAUGUACAGUAUGGUGUUGGUCUGGAAUGAAAUUGUAGUUUCAUUCAUUUUUGGAUAAUAAAGCACUCAUAUUGAGAAAAAUUUUGAACGUCCUUCAUGGUGUUUCACUUUUUGUGUGGAUGGAAGUUAUUGAAGAGUUUGAGAGCUUAAGAGAGGAGUUCAAAACACACUUUCUUCACACAUUGCAAGACGAGUCCACUUUUUGUUUAUGAAAGUUGCAGAAGCUGUUGAGACACAUCAGACGGGUCCUUGUGUUCAGACACUCUCACAGUCACUGUCGUACUCAAAGCCACUUUGAAUCAGUUUUCUGUAUUCUACCUUUCCUGUUAUCACAGCUUUCUGUUUAAUUGUGGAAGUCAUAAAAUUUCACGUACCUUUGUGUGUUCUUUUAGCUCGUAUACAAGAAGUUACUGCCUCUGUAUUUCCCUCGCUCCGAAGAAGAGGAGAAGGCCUCCCUACCUCUCAUUCCAGCUGACAUUGGCAACUCUGAGGGGGAACCCGUCGUCCCAGAGAGACAGAUCCGUAUUGCCGAGAAGCCGGGCACGCUGGAAGGUACACAACUACAACAAAACUUACUGUGAUGUUUCCCAGAUUUAAAGAAAGACGUUUAAAGUGUCAGCGAUUUAAUUCUGAGACUAGGAGUUAUAUUUUCUCAUGUGGUUGACAUUUUGUUUUGGAGUGGGAUUCUCCUGUUUGGCCAGUAAGAAAACUUCCAAGGUCACUUAAUGUGUCUUUACGGCUGGAAGAGCCAGCAAAAUAAACUUGCACUAUUUCCCCUCUCGGUAACCUCAUAACCGGGUUCCUGUUAACUUUUUUUCUCCUCAUUUACUCUGAUUUAACCCUCAGAGAUCAGGCUUAUAUUACAUCUUACAUUCACAAUUGACUAUUUCUGAUAGAGCGAGAAGGUUGAGCUUUAAUUCUUUGGAGUGCUGUUUUGAUAUUUUCUGGUCAGAGCUCCUGAAACUUUCUUGAAAUUUGCAACCAUCUUCCUGCCAUCACACCCCAGUACCACCUCUGAUUGUAGACACCAUCACACUUCUGGUGCAUUACAAAUAACAAGACAAUACAGUUGCAACUAUCCAGUACAGCCUUCAACAACCUACAUAGACAGUUGAGGUUGAAAUUCACUGGCCUCCAUCUGCUCUACCUUUUAGACUAAUUCACAGAGCACUUUGCACCCAUAACACCCAAAUAAAGAAAAGCUCUUCAGCUCUUUGCUCCAGUUUUGAGAUUUAGUGUCACUGAGACGAGCUGUUGGCAUCUCCACACUCUGCUGCACAGAGCUACAUUGUGCACUCUCAUCCUGAUUGUGCUGAAUUCUAUCCACAUUUAAAAUAAACCUAAUGGAGAGCAUAACUCAUGUACCGUCUUAUUUUGGAGUCUUUUCAUUACAGACGUGACACCAUUGGCACAUUUUGUAUCCUACCCUCCUGUUCAUGCUGUUGUGUUCCUUUUAUGGCAUAAAAUACAGAAGAGAAGUGACAAUAAAAAGAAAGAGUGAAACUCUAAGACUAUAAAAGGAGUACCAGCACACGUGUUUGCAUGUGUCUGUGGUUUUUGCGUUUAGCAUGUCACCUCCUUUGACCUCCGGUCUGCUGUCUACUGGUGCAGUGUUUCAAAGAGGCUAAAUGUGGCUUUGGGGUGUCAAGCCAAAGCAAGCAAGACCGCCUACGACUGCAUCCCAAUAACAACAGGCUUGAUGUAUACACACUGACAGGCACACAUGCCCAUUUGGAUGCAGAUGAGAUGCACAGUCAUGCAUGUGGCUGAACAGUUCAUGUGGUCAUGUGAAAACUAGAAACAGACUUGAACCUGAGCCUUAAUUCGGUCUCCUGGGUUCAUGACCGAAGUUGCAGCUUUUGACAAACACACACAAAUAAUUUCAUGCUUUCAGAUGAAUUAGGAUCAAGGAAAUUAAAAAAGAUGGAAGAGAGAAGAGACCAAGCGCAGAGUAAACCUUUUAUAGGAAAAAGAUGUGAGAAAUCAAAACCAGGGGGCGCUGGUUUAGCUCAGUUGGUUGAGGAAAGAUCUCAUGAACAGCAGAGUUAAUGUUUGAAGAAUCAAUUUGGAGGUUUGAUUUACAGUUCAGCAUCAACUCUUUUAUGCAUGCUGAUCCUACUUUCUUUAUCAGACAUUUCCUGACUAUCUUCUGCUGUCUUAUCUAAGAAGGAUUGUAUAAAGAAGAUAUGAAGGGGAGGACACAUCACUGAUUGUUUACAGGAAAAAUAUACUUUUAGAGUUUUGUUUGUUUUACUCAUCAUAGGACUAACUUCGAUGCCCUGAAAUCCUCCCUUUGUGUAUCAAAGAACAACUUUUGUGGAUGCUACAUCCACCGUAUUGAUUCGACUGAAGUCAAUAAAGUAAAUCAAAGGUAAAUCAAUAUUUAUUCUCUGUUUGUUUAUUCAGAUGAUUCUGAAGAGGAGAGCCUGGAGUCAGAUCUGGGUCAGGUGGGGACUCACGCCUUCGCUCGGAUGGAGGGUGACGUAGACAAGCAGAGGAAACAGAUCCUGCAGGGCCAGAUGUCAGAGGCGGCGAUUCAGAAACAACACCAGAGGAAGUAAGAGUCAAAUAAGAGACAUUUUGUUUAAAAGAGAGUUGAGUUGACCUGUAUGAGCAAAUAUUGCAUUACAGUGUCUGCCUGCAAACAAGAUGUGCAACAAAGGGACGUCAUUAAAGUUGAAGAGGGGACAUUGUGGGUGCCUGUAUGCACAAGGUUAUAAAGACCCCCAACUUUUAAAAUUAAGUCAGAAAACAGAGAAAAAGAAAAGAAACUGCAAAGAAAUAAGUUUCAUUGGAAGCAUUUGCAGAGCAGGAAUCAUCUCACUGACAAUGAUUUUGAUGAUUAUUCCUCAAACAGAGACGAUCGUGCAACUCCACACUAAGUAACUGAGAUUAUCCACAGACUUCCUGUCAGUAGACUUGUCAAUGCAUUUUACUUUAAAUGGUUCUGACUCUUCAAAAGCUUUUAGUGAUAAUACUCGGUAUUUUACUCUGCAUAUUACUACUGUGUUUCCUGGCACUAGAAACUGAGCUGUAUUUGUGUCUGUUUCUCUCCUGUAGUUAUAACCGCUGGCUGUGUCGAGCGAGAGCAGAAGAUCUGUCAGACAUCGCCGCACUGAAAGCUUUAUAUCAAACCGGUACGUGCUAAUGAGUGUAUUUGCAUGAAGCAGGGAGAGAAAGGAACCAUGUGCCAGAUAUUAUCUUGCAGUUUAUGGCGUGACUCCGCGUCGAAAGGGAGACAAAGGAGGAACAGUACUAAUGUGUGCUUGGUGAUCCUUUAUCUGGUGAGAGUUGGGUUUUUUUCACUUCAUUGAGGACAUCACUUACAGGGUACAUAAAAAAGUAAAAGCAAAGUACACAGCAUAACAAACAUAAACAACACAGCAUAAACAGCAUCCUCUCUUAGCUGUUAAUUCAGUCAUUACCAGUAGGAGGCGUUGUUGUUGUACAGUUUGAUGUGAUUACAAGAGUAAUGGUCAGAUUUGCUCUGUACUUUGGAUUUAAAAUCAAACAUGAAAACUUUUUGGCAAGUUGACUCUAAAUGAUUUCAAACUAGGGAAAAGUUUUGACAGAGAUAAACAUACUGACUUCUGUUUUGACUGAUUUUAAAGGCAUUGAGGAUUACUUUAUCCUUCCUGUGGACAGUUUGUUUUACAGCAAGCACCACUGCAAACCCAGCACUCAAGCAAAUAUUUAAAAACACUGGAUUUAUCUAAAGGGAAGGUAAUGCAAUAAUUGAACUCAAAAAAAAAGACUUUGAUACUGAUCUAUUUAAAGGCUGGCAGUGGUCUGGUAAAUGUAUCUGCAGCCAGACACAGAAUGAGCUCCCUAAGAGUACAGUACACUGUGCAAAAUCCCCAAGAAUCCAGAGAUUUUCAGAACAGAAUUUCCUGCAGAUGAUAUAGUUUGUCCACAUAUGUCAAAUGUUUCAUACACAUGAUACAGAAAAUCCAAAUAUACAGACUCAGAUUUGACCAAAUCUGUGGUAUAUCGUCAUUCUUUAACUUCAGAUAUUCAACCUGUAAGGCGUUCUAGAUACAGAGUCAGUCUUAUCAGGAAAUAUUUCGGCUCCAUGUGCUGACCUGCAGGUUAUAUCUGCUCUAAAUAAGACAUUUUAAAACGCUGCCGUCGGACCAUAUCCAGUUUGGUCAUAUCUCUGUCGUACUUUAAAACUUCAGGGUAAGAACUUCUCUGGAUUCUGAGGGAUUUUGCGCAACAGUGUGUUGAAAUGAGAAUAUUUACAAUAUAUAUACAUAUCAAUCUAGGAAUGCUCCCUUGCUCACCCCUCAUGUAAGUGAAGUGGCAGUGAUCCGCCAUUCAUCAGGUUUCUUUUGUACCCAACAACCACUCUCUUCUUCUUCUUUUUCACCUUCAUACCGCUGCAUUUUCAAUCAGCUGCUCAUUAUAAACAAAAACAUGUAUGAAACUGUUAUGUAGUCAAAAUGAUCUCAGUAUAACAUCCUCCUGCCGAUUUCUUAACUGCUCACUGAUCAGCUCUUUGCUGCAGUCUCCUACCUCUAUGGUUUGUGAUCUCCCUGGUGCUGCAGUGCAGCAUUUAAAUAAUGGAUAUUAAAGUGAUGAUCAUAAAUUAGACUUAGUUGUAUUCAUUUAAUUCCUGAAGUAAAACAUGAGCGAGCAUUUCUUGGUGUUGUUGAUAAGAGCAUAAUUACUGUUUUGAAAUGCAAAUAAUGGAUUUAAAGCCUGACGGUUAACAUGAUUAAUUGCCUUUAACUGUGAAAAUUGUGCAACUGAUUGCAAUUAGUCACUUGACAGCCUUAAAAAUAAUAUAACUCAUUUUAAUAAAUGGUUCUAUGAGGCGCUGAUAGCUUUGUGAUCUAGAUGUGUCCAACAUCCACAGGCGGCCCAGGUUUAAUCCCAUCCUGUGACUCCUUCCCCACAUGUCAGUCCCAGCUCUCUCUCUGGUUAUCUGCCCUAUCCACUGUCCUCUGUCUGUCAAAAAAGGCCAAAACCCCCACAAAUGAAUCUAAAAAUAAAAGAGUUCGCUGAUAGAGAUCAUCAGGACCACAGACUUCAGAUUUAAAACAGAGGAGUGAAAACAGAUACAAAUUUACAGCACACAAAAGCCUCAAGUCAAAGUGAAGCACUUCAAGCGUGAGGCUGUGAUAGAUCUUGGUGGAAUAAAAGAUCUGUGUGUGUCUGAGGGUGGUGCAAACAUCCGAAAGAAAAGGUAAGAUGGUACAGGCAGAAAAUGAUGACUGUGAAAACGCGGGCAUAUUCAGGCUGUUUGUUCUUCAUGGUCGUGCUUCAUGAUGAAACGAUUUCACUCUCUUCAGCAGGAGGACAGAUUCAGGUUUUAAAAAAGUGUAACUUGGGGACAUUUGAACAAUGUUGGAACAGAACAAGCAGAAAAAGAAAGUCUAAACAAAACACAGCCUUCUGAGGAAUUUCACAUGCACCACAAACACCAAAUCAAGAACACCAACAGACAGACACACAUGCGACGCGCCUCAGCCGCUGUGAUGCCAACUGCUUUACAGGGGAAAUAUUUUCACUUCCUGUGUGGAGACAGGUUUUGAUUUGUGCGAUGAGGCUGGAUCAGCUGCAGAGCUUUACACUGGAGUAGAUUAUUGGCUAGUCAAGUUGACUUAAUUGUACUUGAUGACUGAGAUCAUGAGGGACGUGCAGGAUGCGCAGCACGAGCGGUGUGUGAGUUGGGGUUGACUGUGUUGCUCCACCAGUAUUUUCUUUUGAAGUUGUUUGUUUUUUUUGAUUCAUGUAAGCAGCUGUGUGUCUAUAGCGUUUUAGCGCUGCAGAAAUGUACCCACAGAGAAAUGCAUCAGGUCUGAAUUUAUUUUUAGGAGUAUUAACCUUCAGGUUUGCUCGUAAAAUCACUUAAAACUUCUAUUCUUGACGACUUAUCAUCAAGUCCAUUUAAUGCAGCUCCAAAUUAAAUACACGAUGAUGUUUCGCCUGCUGCAUUUCCAGAUAUAUGACAGAUUUUUAACCACGCUCUCGUUCAUUGUUCAAUAUUUCAAAACUCCUGUGAGGAGUUUUAUGCUGUUUGUAAAAUUAAUAUUGAUGCUUCUUUAUGACCAACAAAAGCCAAGAGGACUUCCACUGACAAGACUAAUUAUUGCAUGCUGAGGAAAAAGCCGUUUUCAACAGUUUACAUGGCAAAAAUCUAUGAGUGUCACAUUUGAGUGUCAAAACAAAGCAGACAGUGAAUUGGAUCUUUUUUAAUAUACUUUUAUUACAAGCUCUAGUUUAUUUAUAUCCACAAGGAGUUGCUUUUUGUUUUUUUCCAUACAUUUUGCGCAAUGAUGAUGAAGGCAUUCAUUUAUUCAUUUUUUCGGAAAACACGACAAACAUUCAGGGCAAAAUCUGUAAGAAGAACAACAGCUUUGUCAACACCUUUUGAAAAGUUCCUCACAGGAACUUUGAUUUCUCAUCGAUCUUCCAGCAUGUUAAUGUAAAUAUCUGUGGAUUUACAAGAAAAGUAAUUAUCAUUAUUGGUUAUUAAUGGUUGAGUUACACUAACUACCACAAUAAUUAUCUUGUAUACCAAAUGUACCUUUUAUCAAAUCAUUUAUAUGAUAUGAUUAAUACUGUAUAUGAUAAAUAAGGGUCUUUACAGAGAGGAAGGAAAUCAAAAAAAUUAAGUAUGGUUGAUUUAAGGAGAGGGGUUGGGUCAAAGUAAAUCAUACUUCUUUCAUAUAUGUUAACCCAACCAUUUAGUGUUUCUUUUUUUUAAAUGAUCAAAAUAAACAAUUCAGUUCAAGUUAAAAACAUAAUUACUGAUAUGCAGUGUUGCAGAACAAGAUGGCACAUGAAAGUGCAUGCAGAACCUGAUAAAUGGUUUGGCCUUUUUUCAGUAAAACUAACAAAAUCUAUCAAGUAGUCCUCACCAAUGAUGAAGUCUGAGUUCUUCUGAGUCGGACAAUUCUAAAAUCCCAGUUAAGCCACAAGUCCUCCAAAUCAGGACAGGAAUUUGUUGAGAUUUUUUGCAAGCUUACCAAAAGCCGCGCUUCUGUUUGUUUUCAGAAGGAGUGUGUGCAAGUGUGUGUGUGUUUGUGUGUUUAACAUGAUAAAUGCUGUGUGUCCACAGGUGUGGAUAUGUGCGGCAGGACAGUGAUGGUUGUUGUUGGACGAAACAUCCCAGUGACCCUCAUCGACAUAGAAAAGGUAACAAACUGGAGCACAUAUUUCUGUCACACCUGACUUCACUGAUGAAUCUGAGUUUACAAGUAAGUCUCUGAAAAUAACAACUGCUUUGUAAUAUAUCCACUUGACUCAUAGUAUACACGCACAUAUGCUUCUGUUUCAGCAGAUGCUUCUUGUUGCAGGUUUCCAGCAUGUGUUUGUGUCCUUUCAAAGUCACUGCCUGCACAUGCUCUCAUGACAAAUUGUGAACUGUAAACAUUUAUUUUGAUCAGAUGUGUUGGCUGUCCUGAACACUCGUUUAAACAAAUACUCAAGAACUAUUUGAAAUUUAAUUACCCUCAUAAAUUAACAACCACUUACCAACAAUACUACAACCUUUACCGACUUUUUAACGUUUGUUUUCAACUUACUUUUCACAAAUUGAAAAAGAAAUGUACAUUACAAAGAAGCAGUCACAAAAAUCCAGUCACAACGCAACAAAACCAAAAUGAACAGACCCAUGAACCAACAGAAGACAUAACUUGUGUAUAAAAAUCACUUCAAUAAAUGUACAUAUUUUAAACAAAACAAAGGAGUAAAUAAAAAAGUUUGAGUCCCGAGAUGUGAAAGUCUUUCUGUGAUCUAAUUUUGUGUCUGUGUGUCCAGGCUCUGCUCUACUUCGUCCACGUGAUGGACCACAUCACCGUGAAGGAAUACGUGAUGGUUUACUUCCACACACUAACCGGAGAGCACAACCACCUGGACCCCCACUUCCUCAAGAACCUCUACGACAUUGUGGAUAUCAAGUUAGUCUGUUUUGAUACACUCUACAUUAAACUGAGCCAGUAAUAACUUAUUGUCUAUGCGUAACACCUUCUUCUGGUAAACGAGCGUGGGAUGGAAGGUGUGCCAAAGGUUAAUUUAGCAGUUUACUGGAUAUGUUGCAUAUGUUGACGUGUGACCUUUCCCAUAAAUAUUUCCACAUUUUCCAGUUAUUGAUAUGCUUAUGUUGGAUGAAAAUGUGUUGUCAAAAGAUCAGUUUUGUUCCCACGAUUUGCGUCGUACACUUCUUAAAUCUGCCAUGCAAUGAUUAAAAAAGAGAGCUCCUGAGAAUUGUUACCUUAACCUCUCACCCACCAGGGCUAAAGACUUCAACAUUCUGCAUUUCUGUCUCCGCAGCUAUUUUGCUAACUCUUUUGGCCCUUUCCUUGGUCUUUAAUCAGCAAUUAUCAGAUUAUUAAUAGCCAGAACAUCACAGAAAAUAUAAAGCAUGAGGAGUUAUCUUGUAAGAAAUAUUGAAAAGAGCUUUAGGAAAGUCUCCCAGGUUAAACUAAAGUUCACAGCAAUCUCCUUUUCCGUUUACUGUAAAAAGACGCGAAGAUAAGCCAGUUGCAAUAUAAUAAUGAAAUGUUGAAGUGCAUUAAGAGCUUUAUCUCUUGCCCUCUCUGCUGGAAUAAAAUCCAGACCCAUAAAGGCCGUGUCCUCCUUGAGGCCUGGCUGUCACUGUAACCUAGGUCUGGCGUUCAUUUUGGCUCCGUUAAUUGUGCUGACUUCUGCAGCUGCAUCAAAGUUCAAAUACAUUGUUCAUGCUACAGUGUGACACCGCCAAGGUUACUGUGUUUUGACUUUUUGGAAAAGCAAACCCGGCUGUGAAAUGCUUUUGUUUCACCAUGGCUUUUGGAAAUCUGGCGGCCAUAUUUGGAACAGGAAAGACGAACUUGGAGCGUGUGCUCUGGGGUGAUGUACUGCUGUGACUGAGCCUUAAUCAGAGGGUUCACAGUUUGGAAAAUGGAUCGUUGUGCUGAAGUAACUCAGAAUAGGCCUGUCAUAGAUACCGCUCACAAAACCUAACGCUGGUUGUAACUUUUGUUUAUUUUAGUAGCUGUCCCUGCUGCACCUCUAAAGAAAAAGGGCUGAAGUUUACAGAAAUAUAAGAUGGGAAGCCGCUAUCAUUUCACUUUUCAGCAUUUCAAAAAACCUGAAUGACAUACAGCUAUUUUACUGUGCUGACAUUUUGAAGUACUAGCUGAAAAUUUUCCAAAGCAACUUCACUUCAACAUAUGGCUGAUUGAUUUCCAUGUAUAUCCAGUCCAGAAAUCGGCCCUGGUUGUAAUCCUAAACAACGAUUCUAUUGAGGAAUCUAAAUAUGUCACUUUUUCAAGACUCUGAGCACCCUCUGUCAGCACAUCCACAGCACAAUCACUUCAAAUACUCUACAGAUGGAAGCAGAUGUUGAAUAAUAUUCCGACUCUCUGUUUGCAAUCUGCUGUGCAAAAAAAAUUACUGAUGUCUGUUUCCAAAAAGCUAAACAAGAGCCACCACAUUCUCCAAGAGCAAAGCAGAGCUGUUUGGAUUUAAAAACCAGCCUCCAGAGUGGACCCCACAGCUUUGUGUUAUCUUCUGAAAUGUGAGACUUUUGACCCUAACAGAAACCAUAUUUUGGUGAGAAGCUGGAAAUGUAUAAAGAUACCAAAUAUUACCUGAAAUGGAGAAAAUCUGAAGCUCGAGUUAGGCUUGGGUUAUGUGGAGUCAUGGAACAAUAACUAUGGCAUCUCGUUUUCCAGGGUUUCUCAAGGGUUAAGGAAAAAAAAAAUUAUUAUAUUAUGACGCUUGUAUUAAAAAAUGUACCUGUUGUCACUUAGUCACUCAAUAUGCAACUUUAGUUUGGUAAAUUGGGUUUGUAAAAUGUUAAUUAAAAUGUAAUAAUUUAAGAAUUUCAGCUGCUCAACAAGUGAGUGCUGCAGACAGGCCAGUUCAGUACCUGGACUCUUCGACUACAGAGCCAAGAUGUUGUAAUAUGUGCAGAAUAUGGUUUGACAUUGUCUUGCUGAAGUUUAAAAAAGGGAUCGCCUAGAUGACAGUAUUUGUUGCUCUAAGAUCUGUAAAUAAUAUUUAGCACCAAUGAAGGCUUCACAAAUGAAGUGUGAUGCACUCGUUCAUCCUCAUACGACCACAUGCCAGCUCUUGAACUGUGCUAUUAUCACGAGCCUGGUGGCCCCUCUUCAUUUUAGAGAAAAAGAUUUGGUGUCCAUGAUUUCCAAAGUGAAUGUCAGUUUCCCCAGAGCCGGAAAAGCCACUAACACAUCCAGAUCAUGUUUAUAUGUUAUUUUUUUGCUAAUUUCACACUUUUAAACUGCAUUUGUGGAUGAAGGUAUUUACUUUAGUCACAGAUAAUAGGUUUAAAGCAUGAUUUUUGAGAUCUUGUAAAUUUUAAACAAUUUUAAAUGUAAAAAGAGGAACUGUGAAUCAUCAGGUAUAUGAAGAUACUUUACAAAUAUGCCAAAAUUCUGAUCCCUCUAGUAGUGUAGGAAUAAUAAAGUUUAAGUUCAAGAUCAGGGUGCUUUAUUAACAUGAAUUGUAGUGACUGUUAUUGCCAAAGGAAAUCACUGCAUACAGUUAAUAACAAUAUAACACAAAUAUAAUUAACAGUUAGUUUGUAUUUUUAAGGGUAUGUUUUGUACAUGUAUACAUGUACAAAUACAUAUACUUAAUUUGCAAUUAUAUUCUUAUAUAAAUAUAAAUGACAUUGUUUAAUAUGGAAAAGACAUAGAAAGGACAAAUGUUCACAGAUGUCUAACUAGUUGAUAAGGUGGCAGUCAAGUCUAAACAAAGCUGUUUAAUCCACUGUCAGUGUUACUAACUGUAUUAUCAGUAAAGCUUUCAAAGCAAUGAAAAGUAAUACUGCUCCACGGUGAGAAGAAAGUUGUUUUGUUCCAGUUUAUAAGGUCGCUUAAGGACACCGUAACACCAUGGCAGGAUGAGAUGAGGUUAGUGCACCUUUUUAGUCAUGCCUCUUUCUAGUUUCUGGUAACCACAGCCAUGCAAACUUCCUGUGUGAGUGGGAAACUCCAUUCAGCCUUUAUACACCUUUCAACCACGCUGUUCCUUUCAGAGACUGGUCAUCUGGUUAGUUUCACCACACCUCACUCUACCCUCUCUGGAAACCUUAGUGAAGUCCCAACACUAUACUCAACAAUUCCCUUUAAUUUGACAUGAAAAUGAUAACACCUAAAGUUUAUAUUGCUGUACUUCUGCAAAGCUGUUCUAUAUUUCUAGAGGUGUUAAAAGAGAAAACAAAAAGGAAACUCCUCCAAAUGCCUCAUUCAUACAAUCAGUAUGAAAUAUGAAUGAAGAAACUUUUAUUCCUCUUUCAGUGGAACAGGGAAACCCCGUUUAGUCGUCACCUAUAACCAUGACUGCAUUGUACACUUUGCUGACUCAUUCAGGAGAGUUGCAGCUUAGGAUGAAGUAAGAAAGAUAUUUAAAUGUCAUGUUUCUCAAAAGAUCCACAUAGUCCCUGCAGCUUUAGCUCACAAAAACCUCAUACUUAAAAGAUGUCACAGUUUCAGUGCAGAUCGGCUUGGUUCACUGGUACCAAACAGAUGACUGUAACGCUUUAAUAAUGGUGCUUUGUUUAGGGUCACUGAACUUUGACUUAGUAAAGACACAAACGUGCUCAACACUGAAUUUAAAGCAUAAAAUUGUCAGUCAGACGUGGGCUUGAUGUCAGGGUGUAUAGACCCUUUGAGUGUUCGUAAACAGUGUCACCACACCUUACCCAGUGGGAGCUAGCUAGUUGUUUCGGCUUGUUUUCAGCCCCAAUGCUGAUGUGUUGUACUGGUUCUUAUUAUGACAAAAUUGAAGCAGUCUUUCUCAGUUUCACCUCUCCACUGUUUUGAGACUUGGCGUGGUCAUGUCGAUCUUUUCUGGUAAUAAAACCACUAACUUUGACCAGGCUUAUUCACCACAUUCAACCGAUGGAGACAUUGAUUUGCUGCAGAGGCAUUUUGGCUCCAGACAGCCGAACCAGCAGACUAAAGCCAAAUAUGACCACAAAGUUUCUGGCUAAGUGGGGGAUAUGACGAAUUCUUCCUUGAGGCGACACGCAAGCCUUUGAUUUUGAUCUUUGUUUCAGUCCUCAGGGGGUCGGGCAGUAGACCAGAGUAGGAUUCCCACGUCAUUGUUUAGUAUUUCUGUUUCUCUUCAGAUUUCGUCUGUCAAGUAAGAAACGACAUUCCUCCCACUCUUGGCCACAUUUGUAAUAUUAACAGAUGAUUCCUACCCAAGCCAGACCACCCUUACGUGUGUUUGGCUUGGCAAUACAUACUGUUGCAAAGGCGUGGAUUACUGUCCCUGAAACAAAUGGCCAAUUCUUCACCAUUAGUGCAGAGUGGCUCUCAGAUAACCUGUCAACAAAUACUUGCCGGUCUUCAUUUGUCAGAAUAUUUUCUGAUGUUUGCUUUUCAGUUUGUUGAUGUUCUCACAGUAAGAGUCUGGGUUAUGGACAAGGCUUGGUAUCACCGUCGUAUGUCAAAGAAGAACCAGCCCAGGGCUCCAGUCUUAGAAAGACAUCAUCUUAACUAGCUGUAGUUUGGUGACCUCAGAAUAGCACCCCUGCUUUAAGCCAGGGCUGUGGAUUUUCUUGUUUCAAUGGGCCGUGACCUCCUGAAUGCAAUGGGGUGGUUUGCAGCUCAGGGUGAAUUGUUUGGGACUACGGUCAGUACCUACGGCUCUGAGUUCGGGGCGCUUUGCCAGAUCGUGGUGGGUUGCUCCCUGCUGUUUUGAGACUGUAUUUUGCUCAAGGAAAGGAGUCCCAAAGCCGUACUUAUGAAGGUGUGUGCGAUAGCCUGUUGUUGCAAGAACAAUUCACAAUCUAAAUAAGUCCAGGACCUCAAAGCUAAUUAACAGUUUCCAAGAGGCAGCAUGGACAAAAAACAGUUUGGCAAAUUACCGGUGCCAGGGCUUCUUGUCAAAGGGUGACACUUACCAUCUACUGAGCCUUCUACCUUUGUAUAAUCAUGCAGGGCCGCUCAGUUUGGGCUAAAAUCAUCAUCACAUUUGUUUUGGCUGAUAUUUAGGUCACAAUUAUUAAACACAAUUACUCACAGUUUGACAUCUGCAUCACAAACAUUAAUGAGACCUGAAAACUCUGACUUUUACACCGUCGUUUAAAAGUAAAGGAUAGAAAAGGAUCUCACCUGUUCCUUUGUUUACGCUACAUUUCAUCACAGGCUGCUUUCACUCUGUCCCUGACCUUCACAGACACGCAGACACCUGCGCCUCUCCCUGCUCUCCUCUCCCCAUCUGUUGCUGCAGCACAUGUUGAAAAUAGAUUAAUUUCCUUUACAGUGCUUACACUUAUCCAUUAUUAGUAAGGGUUUUAAUUGUUUUAAUCUGAAUCAAUAUAAAUCUGUCAGAUCCUAACAAAGCCGGCAGUAUGAGCCAGAAAAUAUGAACCAUUGCCCUGAAAGAUGCGUUUGGUGCCCAGGGUAAAAUGAGACUGUUGUAGCAGAAGCCCUCAUUUUACUUCUGUUUCAACCCUCACCUCUGGUCCUGGGUGAGAUCAUGGAGACAUGAGAUUCAAAUGAGUUUUCCUUGCAGACAGAUUUGGCUCACCAUAAAGGACAAGUUCAAGACUUCAGCUAAGGUGGUUCCAACAUAUGCUCAAUAGGGAAAUUUCAAGUACUGGACACAUCUGUCCAAUCAAAGCAACCGUCCACCACAGAAUACAACAGAAACACACCAUUUUCUCUGGCAUCGAUGGUUAAAAUAGAAAUUAUCAUUUUGCAGAUAACUGCCCAGAUCCACAGUUGUUGGUGGUGCUGGAGGCUGGGAGGGAAUCUGUGAUGUCCAGCUGUUGCUUAACACCUAAAACAACUCUUUAACCAGAACCAGAAUUUGUCAAUCAUGAUGUCUGGGUGGGACCAAAGGAGGCUGAGAGAAAUUAAAAUUUAAUACUUCUGAUAAUCAUCCAUUUUCUUGGGGCCAUAGGUCUCUCGACUAUUUUCAGUAAUAAUCCUUGGAGUCGUUGCUGAGAUAGUUAACUCUGGACGAACCCUACUGGCAAAUAUUUCAACAUCAUGAAUUUCACUGAAACCAGAUUCAGCUGACAAAGUCAUUCAUCGUCUGUAGGUUAAAAAUAACACUCAACUGGUUGCUGAACUGGAAUGGAUUUCAUUCAAAGCUCACAAAUUUAUUUUAAAACAUAUGGUGACAGGAUAGUUUGAUCAAAUAUAUUGAGUGUACAUAGAAUAGACAAUGUCCCGUUGUGAACUUUGACGCCAAAAGAUCGCCAACAUUCGUGCCAUUAAACCCAAAACGAGCACAGUGACCUGGCUGGUUGCUAUAACACACCAUAAACUGACAGAUGAAAUGAAAAAGAUCUAUCAGGUAGGUACAGUCCAGUCCACAGUGGAGUAGAUUCUUGUGUUGAUUUUAAGCUCAGAUGGAUGGCUGUAUCUUCAACACGUUGUGCUACAACAGUAAAAACUAUCAAGCAGCCACAAGAGGAGAGAAGAGAGCAGGGAGAGGAGCUUACGCUGGGAUUCCACUGCAUGCAGAUCCGCUACGCUCCACUCCGGUGGACCAAAAACGUGGAAAAAGUGGACCCACAACGCUGGCCCCUCCCAUUAUCAUGUGAAGAACAGUCCAAAGUAUUGACUUAAUUUUAUUUUGAAAAUUAAACAUAUUUUACUCUGUAGCCGCAUACAACCUCUGCUGCCGGUCGUACUGCACUGCACUGAAUUGAUGCGUCCGGCAAAAAUAGAAGCCUUGUGGAAUCACGCACAUUGAUCAUAAUGCUGGCGUAUUUGAGCCGUUCUGUAUCCUGUAGAAUUUAGCUGUUAUCCAAGUCAACUGUCAAUACAGAGCAAAGUAACAACUAAAUUCCACAACAUAUGAUCUGCAUGCAGUGGAAUCACAGCAUAAGGGAGCAUAACUUUGAUCGCCUGGGCGUCAAAGGAAAAGGAAAAGUGGUGCCGAUACAUCAAGCAAUUUGAACCCCAACCCUAACACUUUUUACUGCACGUGGCAAAUAAAUUAAAUCAGAUUAAUGCCGCCAAUUGUUACCCUUGGAGGCCGCUCAGCACACCACCUUUAUAUCUCAAAUUUUUCACCUGCCAUCUCUCAUACAAUUCAUGGUCAUUUUCCUUUAGAAAAAUUUGUUCUAUUUUUCUAUAAUAGAACAAUGUGACAACUGUGACUGCGCUGCAACAAACAUCCUUCAUACUCAUUUUAUAAAUGAUUAUAAAAUGUGCUACUAUUAAGUUUAAAGGCUGUCGGAGCAUGACCCAUAGAAAACAGCUACAGUUCUCAGUGCAGCAGCAGUUCAACUCCUGGCCAAGACCCCUCGCAGUUAUCCCUCACUUUCUACUCCCCACAUUAUGACUUCAGCUGUCAUAUCUAAUAAAGAGAAAAUGGCCCAAAAUAUAUAACUACAACAGCUGCAGUUUCAAGCAAUUCAACUCAGCUAGGAGAAAGUGCUGUGUUUGUGGGAUGCUGCUUUCACUUGCAGCUAAAUGCACACAUGUUGCCAGAGUGAGGAUUUACAGCAGUAGGACUGUGUGUGAAAGAGGUUCAACAUUCACCACAAACCAAGUCAAACAGCCUCUGAUUGAUGUGUUAUUUAUAGUUUUUGGAGGAAAGCUUGGGUCGAUGGCAUAGAGGGGCUUUUCACUGCUUCUACAAGUCAGAUGUUUUUGUUUGAUUGGUUGACAAGAAAAAUAAAGUUUUACAGAGAGUAUCCUUUGAUUGCAUCUUUUAGUUUGGUUUGGAGUUUUCUUAAGAUCCGGUUUGUUAUUGUAAGCUGCAUCGUUGUUAAAGGAAGGAGAAAAAGCACAUGCACAUAGUAAAAGUCUAAAUCCAAGUGGUUCCUUUCUGCAGGCAGAGUUGUUGGUUUGCAUUUAGAGGUCCUCCUCAGACUGAACAGGUGUAAAGGUGUGCUGCAUAAGUGGCUGAAGGGGAGAGGGACGUUUGUGUGUCUGACUGUGCUGAUGGAUGGCCUGGAGCUGACUGAGUUAGGUUAACAUCUUGUCUUUUGUUCUCGGAAAUUGCUGAAUAUUCUGAGACAUAAAUCAUUCUUUGCACUCGCUGAACUUUUCUCUUUUGUUUUUUGUCUUGCAGGUUCAAGAAGAAUUUAAAGGCCUUCUACUUUGUUCAUCCAACAUUUCGCUCUAAGGUAGGUCUCUGUUUUCACACGCACCAAAAUGGCCAACACUCGUUGGUGUUGUUAAUGUUCUGCAUGUCGACUUGCUGUUGGAGCGUUUUCAUUCCUUCUGUAUUUAAACUCAGUUUGUAAUGACGUGUCUUGGCUUGCUGUUGUGUUUUAGCCGUUUUGAAAUCGUUUCACCUCUUAUAUCAACGUCAACCCUAUUUUCACCGAACAUGGUCAAGCUUCCAAGUGGAAACACUGCCAUUCUUGCACAACUCAUGUGUGGGACUGUUUUCUUAACUACUCUGGAUGUGUCCUCCCUCACGUAACCUGUGGUGAUGAGUUACAGAAUUGUUCACCUGCAGUUUGCCAGCUAGAAGAACACGAUCACUUUGAAUGCCUUCAGGCUUCUUUUUCGGUUUCACUCAGUUUCAUAACUAAACAAGAUUGAAACAUUUCUAAAACAUGUGGCUGAUACAUCCAAAUCAAUCAGUGAGAUUAUCCAUCUCUGGGAGAGUGCAUGCACACAGUCAAAAAAGCAUCCUUUUCCAGGAACAGUAUCUCUCUCUUUCUCCUAAUCCUGGGGUGUAAGGAAACUCCUCGGUGUUUAUUUCUUCAAUUUUUGGAUCAAAUCAGGAGGAUUUAUCAGGCUCGGUGUUGAAAUUGCAUUUUGAGAGCCUUCUGGCCUUUCUCUGUUUUUUUGUUGUUGUUGUUUACUUGAUUUUCUGUCCUCAUUUUCCAUUACCAAGCGUUCCCUGUUGCAUCAGACUUGAUCUCACGCUAUUUGUUUAAAAAAGUCCUGAUCACUUUUGUCGUCGCUGGCUUUUGUGGGGUUUAAUAUCCAGGCAACACAAGGUCAAAUCAAUCACUGAUGACGUCUCCGCUUCAGGUUGUUUCCUUCACUUCUCGUGGUUUCAUUUCAGGUCUCCACGUGGUUUUUCACCACCUUCAGUGUGUCUGGGAUAAAAGACAGGGUACGCUACCUGGACAACCUGCAGCAGCUCUUCACCUGCAUCAAACCGGAGCAGAUCGAUAUCCCUCCAUUUGUCCUGGAGUAUGACGCCAGGGUGAGCAGAAAAACACGUCAUUGUGUGAAUUCUAAUCAACAUGAACACUUUGAUUCCAAAAUCUGUCUUCAUAUUCAGAUACGAAGAACAUUUUAUCAACUGUUUCAUUGGGGUGUAUUUGCACCGUACUCACUGUGCUAAAAAAGGACCAAACCAAGAACCUUAGCUAUACUGCAACUUUUUGUUCUCUACACAAUUUAUCAUUUUACUGUGGGCUUAAGUGGACUGAACACCCUGAACUAAUGGUUUACUCACAGACGUGUCUCUUGUGUUGCACAUUUUAGGUCCAAUGAGAUCAUUUCAUGCAUGGCCGUCUCCUACAAACUGUUCACAGAUCAAGUUUUUGAAGUUAGCUCGAAGCGUGCAUAUUAAAACCACACAUUCUUGUACCAAACUAGUGUUUUGAAACCCUGAUGUUAUCUGGAGUUAUUAAAAACUGAAGUUACUGAUUGACGACCUGAUAUAUUUAAGCAUCCAUGUAUGAAGCCAGACAGCCGGGGGCACAGCAUGCCGUUAAAGUUAACAUACAGUAUAUCCUUAAACGCUCUCUCUCCUCUUGGAAAUCUGUCCUCUUGAAGAUUCCUUUUGUCCUCAUAGCGGAUCUCAACCCUGAAAAUGUCUGCGCCCAUAUGUGUUUUAUCUUGAGAACUUUUCUGAAGCUGUUUUCGAAGGUUGAGAAGCAGAACAAAGAUGGAACAAGAAGAAAAGGCUGUGUUCAUUCGUCUACAUUUUAUGUUUCUGAUCGUGCUGAUGUGAACCAGAGAGGGAGAAACAGGAACAAUCAGCUGAUGACUUUCUUAUUGAUUGUGUGUGUGUGUGUAAUUUGAGAAAUGACACCUAUAAAUCAGUCUGCUACAAGCUCAAUUAAAGUGAGAUUGUCCAGGGGGUUCUGUGUUGAUUUGGCUCUGUACCGGAUGUGAACGUGAUUGAUGUGAGUCAUUGAUACUAAACUUCUGAUGAUCUCUGGUUCUGCUAAAAAUACCAAAGUCAGACUCCUUUACUGUGCGGAAAGAGCUGCUUGUAAAGGAAAAGGACUGAUCGAAUGUGGGGCCUGUGCCUGUUUUAGAUUUCAACAAGCUGGUUUAAAAGAAAAAAACGUAAAGUACAUCAGUAAGUUUUUAUUUCAGGUUCUUCAAAAAGAGGAUCCAGUCGCCACGUUUUGGUCAUUUUUCAGCCAUGACUGGCUUGUAUCUGACUCUGUAUUUUGACUCUGUGGUUUGUUAGGUUUGUGUUGGCAGCAAAGAGUUUCAGCAUGAGCCUUUUCUUCUCUUGCAUCUUGGACUGAGGAUGAGGAUUGAGAUAUGGUCCGUCCGGUUCAGGAGGCAACCAUUCAGCUAAAUUUGUGUUUCAGGUUUUUCUGUCAGGACUCGUGAACGGUUCCAUGAAAGGAUGAUGCUUUUUUCCUUCAGCAGAGACAAUUGGACUUACGAAACAAUAUGUCAGCACAUAAUUUAUCAUCAGGAGAGACUGAGUUUGAAUAUCGAUGGCUGUUCAAAAGCUAUUGAAACCACAUGCACCAUCAGGAAGAGUUAAUCCUUUCCUUUGAUCCAUCUCACUGCGGAUAAUGAGUUCAGAUGACAGACUCUGAAAGUUUGGGAAAGACUUAACUCGGCCACCCUUAAAACAAGGACAGAUUUGCUGGAUUUGCAAUCAGCAACCUCACAGUAAGACGCCUAAAUUUUCUAUCUCAGCUCUCUCGACAUGCUCUGCUCUCUGCGGCUUCAGUUUCCUCCUUGGGAACUUAUUUCAGGUUGGCCUCAGACUCCCUCUUUAAACGAUGGUUUCUGAACACAAUGGGCUGGCCUCCUCUAAAGCUGUAUCAUGCUGCAUUUCCCUCAGCCGAUCAACACGUGUCGGUCGCUGUUACCCAGAAGUAGUUCUCUCCACUGGGCUGAAUUACGAUGCUGGUGGAAAAGGUUCAGGAAAUAAUGAUCCCCUCUUCGAUGAAAUGAGGCCUGUUUCAGAGAAAAACAUGACACCACACACGGCAUCAGAUAAAAGACUUAGUGAAUAAAUGUGAGAAGAUAUGGAAAUUUGUAUCCACCAAAGCCUAGCUAACGACAUUUUUUUUUUUUUUAAUGUAUAUAUUUCUUACGAAAAGACUCAACUUCUCUGUGCUUUAAUGUGCUUUUACAUCGUGACACUUGGAAUGAGUAACUAGUCUGUUUUUGCUCACUAUCAUCCUUCUGAUGGUGUUUUGGCUACAAACAGUAGACCGAUACAGUUAGCAACCAGGUGAUAAAAUUGGCAUUUAACAUUGUAAACAACUGAUAUUUUCUUUCGAAGGUUGUGCAGAAACAGAAUAAAUAACAUCUCUAAAAACUUUAUAAGAUCGCACAUGUGGGGCUGUGCAAUAAACCGAAAAUUUACUGAUACCGAAAUUUAUGACAAAUAGCCCCUGGUGUGUCAUUUUGCCCAUGUCAGUAUAUUCAGUGUCAAAUAAAUAAAUAAAUAAAUAAAAGUUUGUUUUGAAUGGGUGUAGGUAGGCUAUGGUCUCAUGUCCCUUUAAGACACUGUCCUAUGUCGGAGAAGUGACUCCACCCCAUCCAGUCCGUAACAAAGAGGGAAAGACAGGUGAGGAGAUGGAGGACAGUUCAAAGGUUGUAGCGGCUGAAGUAGACGAAGUUAAUGUUGGAGGGGGUGAGCAGCUUGUGGAGUAGCUAUCGUCCAUUUAUCGUUAUCGAGGUGAACUGCUCAAUAUAUCGUGACAUCGAUUUGAGGCCAUAUCGCCCAGCCCUAGCACAUGGGCUCAGUUACUAUCAACCUACAGCAAGAAAAAACUGUUAACUGCAGGUAGUUUGUUUGGUUUUGGACUUCUUGUGUGAUCACCUCAUGGUUGCUGUCAAAGAAAAAUUCUUCUUGUAUUACCUUUAAAUGAGCCCCUAUUUUCUAGUCCUUUCUGAUGCAAAACAGAGAAGAGGAAAUGGAGUUACGAUAAGUUAAUGAUGAUCAAUUUUAACAUUAGCCUUGAUUGGAAGUGUUCUGUUUUUCACAUUUGGUUCUAAAAGUACGGUCAGCUGCAGAAAACAGUCCUCAUGGAAAGCAAUCCAACGUGAUGCAAUCAGGGAACCAUCCUCAAUCACCUAAUAAAGAUUUGGCUUCAAGUUAUUUCUGAUAAGAGACAUCUGUAUGAAAGUGCAGACACGAAGACAGACAAGAAGGACACAAAAGGUGCAGACAGCUGAAUGAAAGAGACAUCAACCAAAGUGAAGAAAACAGACACAAAUCAACAACAAAAACUUGAGAAACUGAGAAAUUUUAAAGUCGUGGGCAGUUUGUUUUUUCUUAUUUUCUUGAAACUCAUAUGUUUCAUUUGUUUUGCUUCUCAUUUGUACACCAUCUCUGGCUCUCCUCUUAAACAUAUUUUGCUCCCCAUUUUCAGAUUAAUGGACCCCACAAUCCCUCCCAGUCUUCAGGUCUGUGACAGGAGACCAUCAGAUCUCCCUGAGGGCUUGAGCGAGCUGGUGUGAGUCUGCCAAAUGGAAGCAGUUUAUGGACCUUGCGUUUCCAGUGUGGUCUGAACUCCGAACCUCCUCUAAAACCUCUGAACCAUACUGAGGGAAACUCUCCUUUUGUUCUGCCUCUGCCAAAAGGACCAAAUUAACAGCCUCAGCCCACAUUUAGCAGCAUGAGGCCAGGCGAGCAGUCAUUCUCUCUCACCACGGACUAUUUGUGGAUCUGGUUUGGUUUCUGGAUUAUGCCUUACACUGAUGGUUCUUAUUCAGCAGUUUCCUCAAAAAUCCCUAAAUAUGAAGCGUAAUGUCACGUCUGACAGUCUCCUCCAUCGUGUGGUCGUAUCAGACGUCCUCGCCCAUGUCUCUGAAGACUGUCAGGCUCUUCAAAUGCUGGAGUAAGAUGACGUCUGUCUGGAUUUCCCACUCACUCUGGGCCACAACACGCAGGAUGAAGAAAAGACUGGUCCUGAGUUUAACUCUUGGUAAAAGCUGGAAAUUUCCCACCUGGUGAUUCAUAAUGACAACCUCCACUUCCUCCUGCAGUUACAAUCAGAAAACUCACAGGGGGUAACACUUAGCACCUGGUACAUGUGCAACAGCUAUUACAUCUUAUCUGAAGUAGCUUGCUAGAAUAAAAACAUGUCAUUUCACAAACUUUUCAAAGGGCAGGUUUGAGUUUUUUUUAAGUGAGGUUAUAUGAGGUACAUGUCAAGCAUCACGCAUGAGAAAAGCCAGUCAUGCCUGUGCCUUUGUUAAGAACCAGCCUGACCAAUGCCAGUGUGAGUGGGCGCUUUAGAGGGAAAAUUCUCUGUGCUUAACUCGGUCAUAUUUGGUAUUAUUCUGCAGAUGUUUACAGACACGAGUUCUUCACCACGUAGCACGCUGUUCACCAAACUUUAGAUAUGAAUUUAGUAUCAGUGCAUCCGAGUUUGAGAUUAUUUUGAGCAAACUAAUGCUUAAGAUUAUCAGGUCAUCACAGUAAAUGCUGUAGAGUUUUUCUCAGCGGUCAUCUAACAAAUUGAAGAAACAGGCGUUCACUGAGCAAAGAAGAAUGCAUCAGUAUGUAAUCCGCAGGUAUCUUCUGAUUCAGAAAGGUCCUCAAGUCCAACUCACGACAGCAGUAGCUCUCUGAGUUCAUGGGUAUGAACUCUCAGCUUACACACCUGCACCACCAGGUAACUUGCCAUCUCUCCUGCCCCCUCAGUUUGUAUUUCUGACCCCAACCCCUCUCUUCUUCAGACCUUUUAGUUUUAUUCAUCCUCUGAAAACUCUGCCUCAUAAAGGUGUCCUCUUGUGUCUACGAGUCACUACCAGAAUCGUUCAUCUUUUGAAGACAUGAUUAUCCCGUAUCAUACAAUGUUGCUUUCAGGCAUCAAAGCUAAGCAUAGAUUUCUCUGUAUAGAUGCAUUGAUACCAUUGGUGUUUGGGCUUCACUGUCUUAAAGCUAGAUGACUUGAUACGAAUGGUUGUGUCUGCUUCUGCUGCUGCUUUCUCAACAACAAAGUUUCAUUCUUGCUAUUGACAAGUUCCUCAUAUAACCCAACUUCAAAAUCACCGAACUUUCCCUUUACCCACUCAGCAUCUUGCUUUCACUUUGGUUCACAGAUAUAAAGCUUCACUAGGGUGACUUUUAACAAAGUUUGGCACCAAGUCUUGAAAAAUAGGGUGUAUGCUAUGAUCAAUAAAACUGCAACACUUCCUUUUUAUACGUCUUACAUGUUCAGUGUGUCAGCUUUAGAGGUGCUUCAAUGUGCGUUUUCUUACUUUUGGACAGAGCUGGAGCUUUAGCUUCAAAAUGAAUGCACAACAGUGGAACCCCGUCGUUAAAAAUUAUUCACUAAAUGUUACCUGUCACUUUAGUUAUAAAUGUACACAAAUGUUUUUUUCAUGCAUCACAAACACAGUGUUUUUUUCGCACAUAGAGUCAGAACUUCUCCAUUGCCUUUUCCCUGUAAUGAGUUCGUAAUUUCCCACGUCAUGCUGUGACUGUGAAGCAGCAUGAAGUAAAAUUUUUAACUUUUCAUCACUGCCAGAAAAAAGUCCAAUCAAAUAGUCAAUUGAAAGAUUUACCUCCUAUGAGUUUCAUGAUUUACUCUCAUGCCACACCUUGACAGGUUCCAGUUCCAACAUGUGAAGAUGUUCUGCUUUGUUUGUCUGAUAUUUCUGUUAACUUUAAUCUUCUGAGAUGUUUUGUUGCACCACAACCUGGACCGCUGCGACACUAUGGGCAUUUUUAAAAUCUCUUUAACCAUUAUAGAUUAAACUAUGAAAUGUUGAAUAAAAAGGAAAUCAAAAGAAAAAUCACUGAUGAGAACACUCAGUCGCUGCCUUAAUCAAAAAGCUGUCCUCUCUUCACGUGAGGACAAACGGUAAAGUCAAUGUUUUCUAACUGAAGGUUUUUGUUGGCUGCUGAUGUAACCCACAGCUUGAUGUCCUCAACAAGGUAGUUAAGAGAUUCUGUAUAAAUUAAUGAAUAAUAUUUCUGCUCUGCACUAAUUUAUUGUGUAUUUGUUUUUGCUUACGCAUUGUCUCACAUGUUAAAUUUUGUCUUGUAUGUUUGUUUGUAUUCAGCUGCUUUGCUUCCUCUGAUAUUCACUCACUUUUUAACAUAAACAUGUAACAUUAAAAACUGUUUUUAACUCACUUUAACCCUCACAAGUACCAUAAACUUAUUAUUUUAUCCUCAUGCCAUGGAGUAAACAAAGUAAAUAGGCGCUUAGUUCGCUUAUACCUUGGACCGACUCCUGUUGUUACAUUUGCAGCUGUUAUUAUUUUGAGCCUCUGUGAAGGGUCUUUAAAGCCUCAGGUGUUACUAAAAAUUGAGACACAAAUCCAGCUCAUACUUGCUUUUGUUUACAAAGUCAUCAGUAAAAUUAUGAUGUGACUGUUUUGUCUCUAAAGCAUAAAAACUUCCCACUGUCUUUGAGUUUUCUUGAUCAUUGGGAAGAGAAAAUACCUGGGACUUUCUUAGACAACUCAUGAGUAUUGUUCUGAAUUAACAAAGUGCAGAAUGAAGAGAAAAGAUCAGUGAUUAAAUUGGCUUUCAAGUUGCCAUAUAGGCUCGUCCUUUGGCACCGUCCCCACAAGACGGCACACCCUGACACCAGUUUUUGGCUACGUCUCACUGUGAACCAGUCUGUGUGUGUGUCUAAAGUUAUGAAACUUCAUCCAACUUUGUAACAUAUGCAUGAAUUAACAACACUGAGCAACAUAAUAGGUCCUUUGUAAAAGAGGAGGUAGGCAUUUAGUCCUAUACUAAAGCCAGUCACCAGGGGGUGCUCUAAAUAUUUUGGUUUCACCUGAGAGAGCUGUCGUGCUGCCCGUGCUUUUAUUAAGUCUGUGGUUUAAACCAGCAUUUCCCCCUUUGUUGGCACAUUUAACUUCACUUUGUGUUUUCGAGACAUUGAAGUAGUCUCACUCAGUUUUGACUGUCAGAUUGUGGACGUGAUCAAUUAUCAGGGUUACUGCAAAUCAAACUGAACAAAACUUUUAACAUUCCUCUCUUUGCUUAAACUUUUUAAACUAAAUCUAUCAGAAAAGAAAAAGUUAACACUCUCAUAAAAAAGCAGAGCUUGUCUAAGCGUGUGCUUCUUCACCCUGUCGUGUCUGUUUAUUCACAUUGUUUAAAUAUCAGGAAUCUACACAUCUUUAAGUCAUUUCAGCUUCUCAGUGCCCAAACUCAAAGAUGUAUUUACUAACAGAUAGAAAUUUAAAAAUCCUGCCAGAUGUCACGCUGCAUGACAAAACAGAGUCUAGCUGGUAACUUGUAUAUGAAAUGUUAGUGCAUAUGAUGUAUUUUGUGGAUUUAAUCACCUGGAAGACUUGACGGGCAAGUUGCUCAAAGACUGUCGUAAAAACCAACAUGUAUCGAAAAAUCAGUCACAAUGUCUUUAAAUCUUAUUUUUCUUUUAGACGGAGGAUGACAUCCAAGGUUAGCCAUGUAGGAAAUGAAAACUUGAAAUUGUCUCACCUCUACUGACAAACUUCUCUUCAUGCAUUUACAAAAGUUUUAAGACUCAAAACCCAGUGAGUUAUCAAAAGUGUCAUACAGAUGGUUCUGGAGGAAAUUAAAUGUAACUAAGGUCCUGUUUUUUUUUCCCUUCAACGUCAACAUUAUUGUCUGAAUGCUGUCAAGAAUGUACAUACAAUGAUGAGCCAAAUAUUGAUGUCCUGGAAAUGUAUAUUAUCUUUUUUUUUGUAUGAUUUAAAGUAAUGAGUGAGGGGCUGAUUGUCAACAACUUCUGAGAUUUACAGGAAGUGACAUCAAUAGUAUCCCCACAGAAGUUCUUUUUUUUAAUGUAAACACUGAUUAAAAUGAUUUUCUGCUGUAAAAAA